GUCGCUCAAGCGCCCUUCCGGAGAUGGUCGGAGGUGGGAAGAGCUGGAGAGACCCGGGAGCGGAGGGCCGGGGCCCGAUCCCGGCCGCUCAGGACAAGUCUUCCCCGCUUCGCCUGUGCACUGGGAUUUCUUUCUGUCCUGACCUCCCUCAUCGGGUGCUUUGUUUUGGCAGUUGUCUUCACACGUCAGAGUCAUCUCUUCGGCCAGAUUGGUGAAGGCCAUGCCGCCCCCUGGGAAAGUUCCCCGAAAGGAGAAUCUGGGGCUACAGUGUGAGUGGGGGUCCUGCUCCUUUGUGUGCUCAGCCAUGGAGGAGUUCUGCGAGCAUGUCACUCAGCACCUCCGGCAGCACCUGCACGGCUCUGGGGAGGAGGAGGAUGAGGAGGAGGACCCACUUGAAGAAGAAUUCUCCUGCUUGUGGCAGGAGUGUGGCUUUUGCUCUAUGGACAGUUCUGCUGACCUCAUCCGCCACGUCUACUUCCACUGCUACCACACCAAGCUGAAGCAGUGGGGGCUGCAGGCUCUGCAGAGCCAGGCCGACCUCAGCCCCUGCAUCCUGGACUUCCAGAGCCGCAACAUCAUCCCUGACAUCCCUGACCACUUCCUGUGUCUGUGGGAGCACUGUGAGAGUUCCUUCGACAACCCCGAGUGGUUCUAUCGGCACGUGGAAGCACACAGCCUGUGCUGUGAAUACCAAGCGGUCGGCAAAGACAACCAGGUGGUGCUGUGUGGCUGGAAAGGCUGUACCUGCACCUUCAAGGACUGCCGGAAGCUUCGAGAGCACCUCCGCAGCCACACCCAGGAGAAGGUGGUGGCCUGCCCCACCUGCGGGGGCAUGUUUGCCAACAACACCAAGUUCUUAGAUCACAUCCGUCGCCAGACCGCGUUGGAUCAGCAACGCUUCCAGUGCUCUCACUGUUCCAAGAGAUUUGCCACGGAGCGGCUGUUGCGGGACCAUAUGCGUAACCAUGUGAAUCACUAUAAGUGUCCUCUGUGUGAUAUGACCUGCCCGCUGCCAUCGUCCCUCCGAAACCACAUGCGCUUUCGCCACAGCGAGGACCGGCCUUUUAAGUGUGACUGUUGUGAGUACAGCUGCAAGAAUCUGAUUGACCUGCGGAAGCACCUGGACACCCAUAGCAAGGAGCCAGCCUACAGGUGUGACUUCGAGAGCUGCGGCUUCAGCGCGCGAUCCCUCUGCUCUAUCAAGUCCCAUUACCGAAAAGUGCAUGAGGGAGACUCAGAGCCGAGAUACAAAUGUCACGUAUGUGACAAAUGCUUCACGAGGGGCAACAACCUCACCGUGCACCUUCGAGAGAAGCACCAGUUCAAGUGGCCCUCAGGGCACCCCCGUUUUCGGUACAAGGAGCAUGAAGAUGGCUACAUGCGGCUGCAGCUGGUUCGCUACGAGAGUGUGGAGCUGACGCAGCAGCUGCUGCGGCAGCCGCAGGACGGAUUGGACCCGGGAGCAUCGCUGAGUGAGAGCAGCCUGCAGGGCAUCAUUCUCGAAGCAGUGCCAGGGGAGCCGGGACCCCAGGAAGAGGCCGAAGAGGAAGAGGAGGGUGGGAGCGGUGACGGCACGGCCCUCGCAGCCUCUCAGGACACUCCCAGCCCCGUCAUCCAUGUGGUGAACCAGACCAACGCCCAGGGCGAGCAAGAGGUUGUCUACUAUGUGCUGUCCGAGGCCCCGGGAGAGCCCCCCCCAGCCCCCGAGCCCCCCUCAGGGAACGUCACGGAAAAGCUUCAGGGAAUAGCUGAGGAGCCACAAGUCCAGAUGGUGUGAGGGCUGCAGAGCCUGACCAUUCCUACCCCAGACCCUGGCGUGUGAGCCAGGCUGGUGGCAGUGCCCCUAGUGGGCAGCCCCUGCCAACGGAUGCCUUUAAGGGUGGUGCCAAGAGCUGUGUGGUGCACUCUGGACCCGGCUUGCGUCAUUCAGCGGAUCCAAAGGACUUCCUUUUCUGCCAGACGGCGCUUUGUGGGGACCUGAGAAGUUUGGGUUCCUUGAGGGGGAUGCGCUGGUUGUGUGUGUCCUUGUAGAGGGGCUGGUAUCAGGCUUACCCAUAACCCCCUAGUCACUCUGAAACAGUGAGUAAAAGCCCCCGUCAACUCGCACCCAUUCCCGUCCUUAGGUCCAGGGGUGACACAUAACCGGUUCCUGCGAGGGCCUUUUCCUUACAACCGGCCAAGGCAGCAUGAACCAGGCAGCCAUCUCCCUCUAAAGGGCUCCCGCGAUCGCAAGGACUUUCAUGGUUACCCUCAGGGAUGGGAUGGGAGGCACUGAGUGUGUGUGUAACGGUUGUUUUGGUAAUAAAAGAAACACGGGCUCUUA